AUGUCUCCAGCUGCUGCCCUCGAGAAUGCUGAAGUCGUCAGGAAAUUGCAAGAGUUAGCAAGUUCAGAGCCGAGCUAUCCUAAGCAAUACCAAGACAUCGAAGACAGCCUCGCACACCCUUACUUACGGCCCGACACAAAGCGGGGGUUUGUCAUACACGCCGCAUCUAGCAAAUACAAGACUGAGAACGACACAGAGAACGACACAGAGAACGACACACCUAGCAAUUAUAGUCCAGGCAGUAAAGUCCUGUUGACGCACUACACACCACUUCACACAGCGGAGAAGAGAUAG